UAAUACAAAUAUUUAUGAAGUUACGUAACAUAAAUAUUAUGUUACAUCAACUGUCGUAUUUCUGUACAAUUUUACGAGUGGCUGUAGGUCGAAAUAUGCGGUAUUUUGGUAAUAACUCACAGGUAAAGUGCAAACGAUUGGAAAAAAAAGUUGCAAUCGUCACAGCAUCUACAAAUGGGAUAGGAUAUUCUAUAGCCAAACGUUUAGCUCAGGAAGGUGCCAAAGUUAUGAUCUGUAGCAGAAAAGAAUCUAAUGUAAAAAAAGCUGUGGAUGAAUUACUUCAAGAAGGUUUAUCUGUUGCUGGUACUGUUUGUCAUGUAGGAAAAUCUGAAGAAAGAAAAAAACUAUUUGAUGAAACAAUAUCUGUAUUCGGAGGUCUGGAUAUUUUGGUUUCUAAUGCAGCAGUAAAUCCACAAGUUGGACCAGUUCUAGAAAGUGAAGAGGAAGUGUGGGAUAAAAUAUUCGAUAUUAAUGUUAAAUGUACAUAUUUACUUAUGAAAGAAUCUUUGCCUCUUUUAAAAAAGAGUAAAUUACCAUCAAUAAUUAUUAUAUCAUCUAUAACAGGAUAUCAACCAUUUAAUCUUUUUGGAGUUUAUUCGGUUAGUAAAACAGCAUUGUUAGGACUUUGUAAAGCUGCUGCUGAAAAUUUAUCUACAUAUGGAAUUCGUGUCAAUUGCAUAGCUCCUGGUAUUAUUGAAACCAAAUUCUCAGAGCCAUUGCACAAAUCUGAAUCAAUAAAAGCAGCUACUAUAGAAAAAAUUCCACUUGGAAGAAUUGGAAAGCCAGAUGAGAUUGGUGGCAUUGCUGCCUUUUUAGCAAGUAAUGAUGCUUCAUAUAUUACUGGGGAAACAAUUAUUGCUAGUGGUGGUAUGCAGUCAAGACUUUGAAGAUAAAGCAAGAUAUAAAUACUUUCUUUGUAUCUAUUUAUUUGAAUAAGUAAAACUAGCAAAUGUAAUUGAUACCUUUUUA